CCAGAAUUGGAUCAAAUAAUACAACGGAAAGAGCCAGCAUAUGUGAACUCAUCCAAGGUGAAUACCUUAUUAGAGGUCGCUGUAUAAGAGCUGUGGGUCUGUGUGAAAAACAGCACGUGAGUAUAAACGGGCUGAUGUGUAUCAAUGGAUUAAAGCUUCUCUGCUUUACCUCGAUUUGCAUUUGAAACACAACAGUGCUGAAGAACAAAGAAAUGUCUCUUGUCAGGCAGAAUCUUCACCAGCAUAAUGAAGCAAACAUCAACAAACUAAUAAAUUUAAAACUAUCUGCCUCUUACGCUUAUCUGUCUCUGGGUAUGUAUUUUGACAGGGAUGAUGUGGCUCUACCCAAUUUCUCCAAGUUUUUCCUGGAGCGCUCCGAGAAGGAGAGGGAGCAGGCUGAGCACCUGCUGCAGUACCAAAACAGACGAGGAGGACGAAUCCUUCUUCACAACAUCGCGAAACCCACUCGUGAUGACUGGAGAGGAGGUAUGGAUGCCAUCACUUUCUCUCUAGACUAUCAGAAAUCUCUCAACAGAUCCUUACUGGAGAUUCAUCAAACAGCUGCUGAAAACUCUGAUCCUCAUCUAUGUGACUUUCUAGAGAGCCACUUUUUGACAGACAGCCAUGAAACCAUUAAGAUAAUGGGUGACCACGCAGGCAGUCUGAGUCGUCUUGUCUCCUCUGAUCCACAUGGCAAGAUGGGAGACUAUCUGUUUGAUAGGCACACGCUGUGAUGUGCUCCACAGUGAAACUGUUUGAUUACUUUAGUAACCUUUCAGUAUUAUAUUGAACAUUCAAGAGUUGACAAAGUCACAAAUAUUUUUGACACCACACUUUAAUGUACUUUCAAAAAGUACUCGUUUCUUUGUAUGUUCAAUUUUGUCUAGAGGUAAUACAGCUUAUUAAAAUCUUCUAGCGUUCCUUACAGUUGUUUGUCUUCAUAAUAACUAGACACUGAUCAGAACCUAUGCUAAUGUUCCUAACUAACAGUAAACCCCUGUACACUUUUAGUCUAUAAAUCACUUCAAAACUAUAUGAUGACCUUACAUUUAACUAAACUUUUUUUUAUUUUAUUUUAAAUAUUUUGAUGAAUUAUACUCAAACUUAUCAGAUAUUAAAUUUGCUUAUGGUUUUGACUAGUAUAAGUAGUCUCAUUUACUGUAGUUAAAGCAUGAAUGUAAUUCUGAAGAAACUUGAAAAUAAUCUAUCAAGGUUACAGUAUAUGAAAGGGAUAUUCUGCCUAUUUAAAGUAAAUUGAAUGAUAAAAAUGAAAAUUAAAAAAAAAAUAUAUUAACCAUUUCACUAUAGAAAACUGUACACAAAAUAUGUGCCAGUUUAAUUUUUUUUUACAUUUUUAUUUUUUAAGACAAUGCAUAAACUGUAAUUUUAUUUUCACUUCAAUCUGGAGGCAAUCCACUGUUUACUGAUUAACAAAGGAUUUGCAAACAAAUUGACUUUGAAAAUAAAAAUGAAAACUAUGAAAUAAAAGAGAACAUGAAAUGAAAACUGAACUUUACAUUUUAAUUUAAUUUGUGGCACUAUUAUUGUGUGAGCACUAAUAAAAAUGCAUUAACAAAUAGUCAUCAUUUUUUUACGUUUGCCUUAAAAUUUGAAUAUUGCCAGCCUUGCCUCAAGAUUGCAGUAAAAAUGUAAUGUCAUCAAAUGCAUUUUAUAUUUCUAUUUAGGAGCGAAGAUGCAUUGUCACAGUAAAAAUUCAAAUGAAAUUUUGUCUUUACAUUUUCGAUGUUGCACAUAUUUAGAAUAUAGUUUUCUAUAAUGAUAUGGAUAACAUGGUUUUAUAUUAAAUCCCAACAUAUAAUUUAUUUAAAAUUAGCAGAAUAUGCCUACCAUAAGGUUAGGGGAUGGUAAUGUUGGAGUAACUAAGAGGCUGUUUACACUUGGCAUUAACAUGCGUUUUCGUCGAUCGGAUCACAAGUGGACGACGUUACUGCCAGGUGUAAACGGUGUUCAAAACGUUUUGAACGCGUCCACUUUCGACCACUUUCAACCACAUCCAGACG